AUGAGAAAGAAAAAAACAUUAAAAGUGAGUUUGGAUGAAAUAACGAAAUAUUGUCCUUUUGUAAAAAAUAUAAAAAUAUUUUAUGAAAAUCAUGAAAAAAAAAAUAAUGUUGUUUUGUCAGUUAUGUCUAAUUUAUGUCCCAUAGGAAAAGCCAUUAAUGAAAAACAUUUAAUAGUAAUAGAUAAUAAAUCCAAAAUAAAUAUUUUUAAAGUUUUAAGGAGUUAUAAUUUAUGUAGUAGAAAAAAUGUGGAAGAAUGUAUAAAAAAAAAUAAUGUAAUAAUUGAAGGGAAAUGUAAAAAUUUGGAAAAUGAAAAUAAUGACUUAUAUUUAUAUGAACAUGAAAUAAAAAAUAAUAAUAACAAUUGUAAUGAUAAUACAUUUUUGGAACUAGUCAAAUCACCAUAUAAUAUAUUUCAAAAUGAAUGUAAUAAUGAUUUAAAAGAGCUUAUAAAUAAAUUGUUUAUAGAUAAAAGAUAUAGAAUAUUUACUAUACUAAAUAAAUUAAGGAAAAUUUAUCCUAAUGUUUAUAUAGAAAAUGAUAAAUUAUUACUUUCCUCUUUUUAUGAAUUUUAUCAAAAGUUUGGUUAUAAAUCAUGUAUAGCUGUUUCACCAUAUAACAUAAAAAGUAUCUUGAAUUAUUCCAAUAUAAACAAACUAAAUGAUAAUAAUUUUGAUAAAUUAAUAAUAACAAAUGAACAGAUAAAUAAUAAUGUGAAUAAAAUAAAAGAUAUAUAUAAUAUUAAUUUAAAUAAUUUUCGAAAGGGGGGUAUUACUAAUGAUAAGACAGUUAUUUGGUGUUCUAAUGAUUAUUUAUCAUUAUCUAAUAAUGAACAAAUUAUAGAUGUAGGAAUAGAAACUCUUAAAAAAAUUGGAAACAGUAGUGGAGGUACUCGAAAUAUUUCAGGAAGCUUAUUAAAUCAUACACAUUUAGAAUAUAUAUUAGCUCGUUGGUUUAAAAAAGAAAGUGCUUUAUUAUUUACAUCAGGAUAUAUAGCAAAUAUGGGAGCAUUAGGAACUUUAGGUAAAUUACUUAAUUUAGUUUUUGUAUCAGAUCAAAUGAAUCAUGCAUCAAUAAUUAAUGGAAUUCAAGAAUCUAGAUGUGAGAAAUUUAUAUUUAAACAUAAUGAUAUGGUCGAUUUAGAAAAUGUAUUAAAAAAUUUAAGAAUGAAAAAAGAAUAUAAAGAUAGGAAAAUUAUGAUAGUUUUUGAAUCUAUUUAUAGUAUGUCUGGAAAUAUUUCUGAUAUCAAUAAAAUAGUUCAGUUAGCUAAAAAAUAUAAUGCUCUUACAUAUAUAGAUGAAGUUCAUGCUGUUGGUUUAUAUGGAAAAACGGGUUCAGGAUAUUCAGAAGAAUUAAAUUUAUGUGAUAAAAUAGAUAUAAUUAAUGGUACAUUAUCAAAAGCAAUAGGAUCAUUAGGAGGGUUUAUUUGUGCUAAUAAAUAUUAUAUAGAUGUUAUUAGAUCUUAUUCACCUCAUUUUAUUUUCACAACUUCUUUAACACCUGUUAAUAUUACCACAUCAGCUGAAGCAAUACAUAUAAUUCAAAAUGACAUAGAAUUAAGAAAUAGAUUCAGAAAUGUUGUUAAUAAAACUAAAGAAAAAUUAAAAGAACGAGGAAUAAUUAUCAUAGAUAACAAUUCACAUAUUGUCGUUACUUUAAUUAAUUGUCCACAAAAAUGUAAGCAAAUAUGUGAUGAUCUUUUAACAAUGUAUAAUAUUUACUUACAACCGAUUAACUAUCCAACUGUCCCAAAGGGAUCCGAAAGAAUUCGAAUUACGCCAUCACCAUAUCAUACUGAAGAGCAAAUUUCAAAAUUAGCAGAUAGCUUAUAUACAUUAUUUAAAAAAUAUGAGGUUAAUGUAUUUAACAAAAAAAACAAAAUCGAAAUGAAGCUUUAA